ACUGCGGUUAGCAAGUGUCAACCCAAAAGCUACUAUAUAUGGCGAAAAUAAAGUAAUUGAAAAAAAAAAUAGUUCAAGUGAGGGAAGAAAUAGUUAACAAAGAAAAUAUUGUAGAACAGUGUGCAGACAUUAAGGCGGAAAAUGCAAAAAUAUUUCCUGCUGUUGUUGCUGUUGUUAUUGGGUGCUAUGGGCUUCAACGCCACGCCCAUUGACGCAGCAGUUAUCAAGCGACCGACUGUGGCAAAUCUAACUUUGAUCGGCGACAAGGUUUACUAUAUUGAGGAAUCGUUGAGUGUGAAUUGGUUCCACGCGGGCAAUCUUUGCCGCCAACUUAACGGGUUUCUGGUCAACCUGGAGAGUGAGCAGGAGCUGCUGGCGCUCAGUGCCCACUUGCAUCCAGCUAAGAGCUAUUGGCUGUCGCUCUAUGAGCUGGCCAUACCGGGCGUAUACGCAUCGCAGGCAACGGGCAAGGACGCCCAGUUCCUUCGCUGGUCCGCCGGCCAGCCGGACAACAUUGGCGGUGUGGAGCAUUGCGUGGAGCUCUGGAGAGCGAGCAGCUCGUUUCAAAUGAAUGACGCCCCAUGCGAGACGUCUCUGCACUUUAUCUGUGAGCUGGAAACUGAGUCGGAUUAGUUGCUUCAAU